AUGAAUUUUUGAACAGUUGGUACAUAACUCCCGCGUUUACUAGCGCGUGUUGAUGCGUUGCAUUUGUAUCAACAUUAUGAAUAAGCUUCGAAAUUAAGUGUUAUUCAAGAAUAGUGUUUGUACUUCGAAUUAUUUGACACUUUAUGUGACGAAGAAACACUAAAAAAAGGUUGAUCAUUACAAAGUGUGAUUACAUUUCAGUAACUCAAACAAUGUCGUCGUUCAAUUUGAGCGAUCUUGAAGCACAAUUACAAGAUAUUACUGAAAAUAAUGCCGAUAACGGUGUCUCUUUCGCAAAGAAAUCGCUUAAACUUGAUACUGAAGAAGACGCAUUGGAAAUAGUCAAAGCAAUACGAGCAUGUACAAAUCUGGAGUACCUAGACUUAGAGGGCAACACUUUAGGACCACUUGCAGCCAAAGCUGUAGCUCAGGCAUUACAAGAAAAUGGUACAUUAAUGAAACGUGCUCUUUGGAAAGAUAUGUUUACUGGCCGUGUAAAGACAGAAAUACCAAAAGCUCUUGAAUAUCUUGGCUCUGCGCUGUGUAUUGCUGGUACUCGCCUCUUUGAACUUGACUUAAGUGAUAAUGCUUUUGGCCCAAUUGGUAUUGAAGGAUUAGCCAAUUUCCUAACUUCUAGUUCUUGUUAUACUCUUCGUGUACUGAGAUUAAAUAACAAUGGACUUGGAAUAUCAGGUGGAAAAAUAUUGGCAAAAGCAUUAUUAGAUUGUUAUAAUAAUAGUUUCCAGGGAGGAUCACCUGCCUUAGCACUAAAAGUAUUUGUGGCUGGAAGAAAUAGAUUAGAAAACGAUGGUGCAAAGGCGUUGGCAUCUGUUUUUGAAAAGUUAACCAGUUUAGAAGAAGUUGUUAUGCCUCAAAAUGGUAUAUACUAUCAAGGUAUAAUAGCACUUGCCAAUGGAUUGUCUUCUAAUCCUGGAUUGCGAAUUUUAAAUCUCAAUGAUAAUACUGUUGGGCCAAAAGGAGCCCAAGCAAUUGCUAAAGCAUUACCAAACUUCCAAAAUUUAGAACAACUUAAUCUUGGCGAUUGUUUGCUCAAAACACAAGGUGCUAUAGUUUUAGCAGAAGCGUUAGGAGUUGAAGGGAGUUAUCCAUUACUCGCAGAACUUAAUUUAAGUUACAAUGAAAUCAGAACAAGGGGUGCCAAUCCCAUAGCUCUUGCUAUGGCUAAGAAAGAACGUCUUGUAACCCUACAAUUGGAUGGAAACCAUUUUGGUCAAACUGGCCGUACUAUUUUGCGCGAUUCGCUUAUAAUUUCUGAAAGAAUUGGAUCGUUAGGUACAUUAAAUGAUGAUGAGAGCGAAGAUAACGAAGAAUCUGAUGAAGAAGAUGAGGAGGAAGAUGACGAAGGAAAUGAUGAAAAAGAUGAAAGUGAAAAUGAAAGCAAAGAAAAUAUAGAUAAUAAUAAGGACAUGAUUAUAAAUGGUAGCAUAGUACAACCAAAAAUAACUAUCGUGGAAUUUUUAAAAUCACCAACAGGAGAAAAAUUAUUGCUAUUACCAGAUGAUGUAGUGCAAGAUUUUAUAACUUACGUCAAAUUUUUUGCAUUUCAGAAUUUGUCGGAGAACGAUGCAUCUCCUGAAUUAAAAUUUAUCGAAGAGUUUACAAGAAUAAUUAUGAAAGUAUCAGCACUCAGUACAACUGGUUAUGCUGACGUGAGACUAAGAACUCAGUAUCUUACAGAUGCUUUAUAUUCAAAACUAUGUUCUUUUGUAACAGAAAAUGAUCAGAUUUCUGUUUGGAAUAACACAUUGCUAGUCAACCUAGGUUUAAUAAAAGCUGAAGAUAAAAGUAGUGGGAAAAUUGAUUGGAAUUUGGAAGGAUGUUUCAAAGCAUUAGAAACAGUUAGUCAAAAAGACUAUUUUUUACAAGAAACACGAAGUACAUUGAAAUUUUUUUUAGAAAAUCCAGUAAAAGUGAACAAAAAAAAAGUUAUGGAUUCGUUUGAACAUUCAAAAGACUCUCUUAAAGCUGUUCUAAAUAGUAUGCAAAAUGCAGGAUUCCAACCAGGUUGAAACAAAUCCACUGCUAACGGUGUACAAUGUGAUGAUGGUUGAUCCUUCAUAUACAUUGUUGC